GCCGUUCUGUUCCGUCAGGUGGGAUCUGCCGAAUUUCUUCACAGCAGUAAAGGCUAGCAAAAGCAACACUGCAACAGCAAAACAUUUGGUAUUUACGGUAUUUUACCCUAAAUUCCAUUUUAUUUGUAUGGAGUUUUUAUCUGUUGAUUCCAUCUGUUUUCGUCUCACCUUUAUGUUGGUUCCCUAACAUACUGUACCUUUUACAAGUAGAGAUUUGUAAAUUGUAAAGAACCGCAGAUGCAGAUCGAGAUCCAAUGGUGACUGCACGCAAUACGGGAUCCCCAGCGAGUUCUCCAUAACUCCGUACGCUUCUCGACUUCUCCCACAACGACUUCCCUCUGUAAUAGGGUAUUGUGACGAGUUUUUGUGAUAUUGAUGUGCCUUAGAAGUUUUUAUUGGUCAAGAAUUCGCUGCGAUUAUCAUCUGAACUUACCGUACAAUCGGUUAAUCGUAAGCUGUUCGGCGUGGGUUAUUCUUUGAUCCAUUCCACGAUCCGCUUGGGGUCUGUUUUGGGAUCUUGGAAUUUUUGUACCAGGAAGCGUCGUCUGGGUUGGUCUACACUCGUCUAUCGUGGGAAUCACUUCACUUCUUUCCAUUGUUUGUCUUCAUCAUUUGUGUUCUUGUGUUUUCUAGCCGCCCAGGCGUGUGGAUUUUCACUUGUUGUGCGUGUGGGUUUGGCAGUUGUGAUUGAAAGAUGAGUGCUCAAAAACCUAAUAUGCCUUACAAUAAUCCCAGUGGACCAAAGAAUUUUAAUCAGAAUUAUAGACGGAACGACAAUAGGCCUUAUCAGAACUACAACCACAACAACUACUAUCCACCGCACAAUGUGCCGAUGGGGGGCAUGGCCCCGCAGGAUGGCGGCCGCCGGGGACACGGCCAGUUGAUGGGCCAGGGAGCAGAUGGGCUGGUGCGCGGACCAUGGCCGGGGCAGAUGCCCUACAACUACAUGCACGAUGAGAUCCGUCGCAAUUCACAUAUGGGAAUGCCGGUUGGCCUGCCUCAAGGAGUGGAGUACAACUUGCAGCCAAAACAACAUUUUUCGCAGGAUUUGCAGUAUAUCCCAAUGGUAGCUCCAGGUGCGCUUGCGAACGGUGUUGCUCAACCAUGGCUUAUGCAUCCCAACGAGCCAGCGAUGCUUCCACAGAUCGGUAAUAUGCCGAUGUCGUCUUUCUCCUCAUCCCGUGGAUCUCCAGACGGUUCAGAUUACGGAAGCAGUGUCGCGUCGAACGCUGAGCUAUCAGCCGCGGCUGUACCAAUAAGCGAAAUGCAUGUCGGUCGAGAGAAUGCCAUACCGGACAAUCCCGAGGUCCUUGCUGCAAUCCGCACGCAGAUAGAAUACUAUUUCUCCAAGCAAAAUUUAGCGCGUGAUACAUAUCUGUUAUCGAAAAUGGAUGGAGAUGGUUACGUGGAAAUAACUUUGAUUGCCGGCUUCAAAAUGGUUGCGAAAUGGACUGGCGACAUCGGAUUGAUAACGACGGCAAUUAAGUCUUCGCCGAAAUUGGAAUUGGAUAUCACUGGAAUGAAAGUGCGCGGAGUUCAGAACCAGGUGGAAUCAAAGCUACUCGUUCCGGACAAACAGCGGACAACAGUGGUUAUCCAUGAUCUGCUCGAGGAUGUCAAGAAGGAAGAUAUCGAAGAUUUGUUCGCGAAAACUAAUUUUAAGCCAGUCGGUUAUGAAUGCGCUGAUAAGACAUGCUGGUAUGUGGAUUUUGAGGAGGAAGCGGAUGCUUUGGAAGCAGUGCGAUAUUUACGGGAUGAAAUUCGCGAAAUCCUUGGAAAGCCUAUAUGUGUACGAAUUCGAGCGAUCCCCGCAACUGUGAUGAAUACGUAUAAGGGUGUUGAUAAUGUUAGUCCCGGACCCGGUAUGGCUGGUCCUUUACAGGUUCCUGUAUCAGGCGAAGAAGCUAUGCACAUGAUUCAGAAUCCCAGUGAACUCCUGUCUAACCAGCAGUAUCCUAUGUUUGCACCGAUGGCGGGUGCUAAUGCGCCGUUUUAUCCGAUGACAAUGGGUCAAGCGGCGCUGAAUCAAGGGCUACUUGUAUUUCCUGCGGCGGGCGGUGGCUAUUCGCAUGCCUACGUGGACCCGACUACUUACGUACUGUUAAAUCAGAUGAAUUUUAUGCCUCAAGCGGCCGCAGUUCCGCCCGCUGCGCCUCCAAUGUAUCGCAAUACUGGCCAUCAUAUGAAUCGUGGGCGAGGAGGAGGACGACGAGGAGGGGGAAUGUCCGGUUGGAACGAUCAACGAAAUAAUUCCCGGUAUCAACGGGGAGGCAGCAGCAUUCCUAAUAGUGGACGAAAUUCCGCCAUGUCUGAAUCCAGAUUGGACUACAAUAACAGCAACCAUCAGUUGUCUCCUGAUCAGAACCAUUCUCGUCAUGGCAGCUUUAGUUCGAUGAACGGCAAUUACGGUGCAUCGUCACCGGUUGUAGUGAGGUCAGGAUCCAACACUCCACCACAACAAGAGGAAACUCAGUCGGUGGCUCAAUUUGGGCAUGAGGAGCGUCGCAAUACUUUCCCUAAUUCUCGAAAACCAAAGCGGCCAUCCAGUGAAAUACAGGUUCAGGUGCAGAGUAACAAUGAUUCCCAGGCGCCGUCCGUUUCGCAGUCCAUUUCCACCAAAGAGAACUCGUCCAAGUUCGAUUUGGAAGCAACGAUGUUCCCUCCUUUGCCGGGCCUGAGUCCACUGGAAAUUGCUGCUGGCGCGACCAAUGUAAGUCAGUCUGCGGUAGCGCAUUCUGUUAAUAUUUCGGCGGCGGACGUUGUACGUGGAGUUGUUAGUCCGAAAGCUGGUCAACAACCGGGAAAACUGUAUGCUGAUUCGGAAUGUUCGACCGAUAUUGUUGAACGCGGACGGAAUCAGUCAUCUGGCCAUAACUUCUGGGGGCAUCAAGCCGAUAAGAAAGAGCAAGGAUCCAGUACGGACGACCUACCGAAAAGCGGACGGGAGGUCCAUGGAGUCGAUGGGAGAGCCCGUUCGGACGGUAGCACUGACCGCAGCCGAGCCAAUUCAUCUGCUGCGACCCAAACAGCUGCUACAGUCUCCCCAGUUCCUGGUGAGCAUCAUUCGCAAGGGUGUACGGGCAGCGCGACACCUCAUGGCAGCCCCAUAAAUGCACCUAUGUCGCCAGUUAAAUCUCCCGGGAAAAAGAUAGAAGUGCAGAUGCAGGUAGCAGAUGGAACUCGCUCGCCCGACAAACAGUUGGUGAAGACUAGUCAGAUGUCCAGUCCGCCAAAGUCCGAGGAUGCAGGUUCUGCAAGUGGUGCUGCUGAAGGAGUGAAAGGCGUCUCGCUAGCUGAAAAUGGGAAAAGUGGUACCGUCAGCUACGCUCGUGUUGCUCAGAUGAACCGUGAUAAAUUGUUGCCUCCGGCAUCAGCCUCCGUGUCUAGUUCUUCCGCUGCUAGUAAUCGCGGCCCACCGUUGACUAAGCAGUCAUCGUUGGACAGUAGUGGACAUAGUCAGGAGGAUCGUCGUUCGGUGAAACAGGAGUGGAAUCAUGUGGAGGUUGGGGGUGGCGGACCGAAGGGUGUGGCGCAUGGGGCUACAUUUUUCGAGCGAAAUGAAGGGACCGUCAACGGCAUUCAUGACAGCCAGUAUCUGCUGGAUAGCAGUCACAUCAACGGGGGAGUUGAAGGGGAAAUGGGGAAGGAAGAGGGCCAGGAGAGCAAUGAUACGGAGGGAUUUACGGAAGUGACCAAGCACCAUAAAGCCCACGUGCGCCACGAUCGCCAUCAUCGAGCGACCGGGCCCAUGCGGUAUUCGGGUGGAAGCUCCUAAUUACUGUUGUCGAAUUGUCGCGGAAGAAUGGGCAAUGGUAUGAACUGGCAUACUCAGGAACAAAAACCAAAAAAAUCAACCUGGCAACGAUUUAUACUUGUGUUUGGCUCAACUGAUAUGCGCGUCCGGAUACUUGGCUUUGUGGUUUGUUGCAAACGACAGCAGAAAACGCACCAAAAUCAAAUGUACAUAUCCCAGUACCUUUGUUUCUUCCUUUUGAAUUUGUUUUUUUGCCUUUUUGUCCGGGGAUGGUUGGUGAGGCGGAUGGUGGAAGGACAAGAAAGUCAUCUGGCGACGCCAGUGAAACUGGAAAAUCCCUUGGUUUCUUUAUAUUCAUUCUUUUUUGUCUCCCCCAGCUGAUUAAAAAAAUUGUAUUAUUGUAAGAUUCCUUUUGGUUUAUUAGUUACUUACUCGUUUCAUGAAUCCUCGCCUUUAUUAUGUUACUUUUGAAAAGCGAUAGAAAAAUGUUCACUUUGAUAAUGGGACACACUUUGGAAAGAGGUUUUGGAGAUGGAAGAUGGAGAGUGUGCUUUUCAGUCGGUAAAUUAGUCGGUUGGUUUUUAUUGAUGGUUGUAGCGAGUAUUUUUUUUCCUGUUAUAAAAUGAUGCAAAAAGUUCUCUUUCCUUCUGAGCAUUUCUUUAUUUUGUGGAUACUGAAUGUGUUAGAAAUUGGCUAUAUCUUUCCGUUUGUGCUCUCUUUUUAGCUGAUCAUUGUGAAUAGAAUUUCUUAUGACUACUGGUUAGUCAAGGUUUGAUGAUUUUGCGCCGGCCAAAAGAAUGAUGGUUCACCUUGAUGUAGAACUGGUGAACAGGUAGAUGAAAUUAAUGUGGAGAAACGGUAAUAAAAAUUCCAACCCCAAAAUUAGAAA